UAGACUCCUCUUUAUCCUCUUAGCCGUAAAUGGCCACGCGCUCCGAGCGCCUGCUCCUCCGCGCCACGGUUAACCAGCUGCCGAGUCGCGCGACACUACUACGGCGCUCACCUGCGGCACGCGGCGGCGCGAGUUAGAAUUCCCGUGCGGCUGACGGCUCGCGCUCGGUCGGACUCUCUCUCGCUGUCAGGCUCUCGCUCUCGCUCUCGCUUUCGCUCGCGCUCACCUCGCGUGCCGCCUCCUCCUCGCUCUGGCGACCGGGACUCUUGUGUCUCUCGUGCCGGAUUUCACUCAUUCUGCAGUGUGCGCGCGCGAGCUUCCUUUCCCACUCACUCGCUGUCUCAAUUCCUCAAACAACAACACGUAGCUUCUCAAUAUCCAUUCACAUCUAUAGUAUUAUUUAUACAUUACAGCCUCUCUUUCACUUUUUCAGCAAAUUAUAAAUUUUAUGUAUCCUGGAAGAGUUAUGACAGUUUGAACUUUUACAACAAGUUUACACGUGACAGACAUGGGGUUUUUGAGCACCGGACGCGGAAUUACUGUAUUUAUUUCACUUAUUUUCUUGGGGACGGUGGACGUUUCCGUGUGUGUGCGGAGGACCAGCGCCAGAAAAUCAGAGCGCCUCAGUCCCCCUUUGGAUGUCCAGCUGGAAACAAUAAACUGCACGGCCUUCAGUGUACGAUGGAGAAUGCCCCGGCGACACAUCAGCAGCAUCACAGGGUAUAAGAUUUUCUACACAGAGAUGAGGAAUCAUCGGCCUGCAAGCUCAGCAGUAACACUGGAUGUGCCUCUCAGUUUGGACAUAUUGACCACUGGACUUUUUGAUGGACAGGCUGGUUUUGAUGUGGUGAUAGGGAACCUGCCAGUGGCCACACAUUACCGGGUCAGCGUCGGGGCAUAUGGGUGGGUGGGCGAAGGACGGCCCAGCAUGCCAAGAGAUGUGAGCACUGCCCCGCAAGACACGUGCAUGCCACCAUCACCACCCACGCAGCCCAGGGUGACGGUCAUGUCGGACACGGAACUCGCGUUGUCAUGGAGACAGGGCGAGAGCGAAGGGAGCUCGCCAGUUCUGCACUUCCUGGUGGCCUACAUCAGGCCAGAGCUAGACUCAGAGUGGACCCACAUCAAGGAACCAAUUGAGUCUAACUCCAUGGUUCUGAAGGGUCUUGUUCCCGACACACAGUACCAGUUUGUUGUCCGAGCCGUGAACUCACAUGGAGUGAGCCUGCCCAGCGCUAUCAAUGACCCAGUCCGAACCUUUGGUGGAGAGGAAGUAGGCAGUGGAGAAUAUUCCCAGCACUACAUCACCAGCUCCAGGAUCAGUGAGGAUGAUAGUCUUGACACAGACGAUUCAGACUAUGAUGUCUACAUAGAGGAGCUCCCCUCAUUUCCCAUCAUUAGAAGGCAUAGGAACAGGAAAUCCCAGCUAAGGUCCCGGACAGGAAGUCCCACCUCUCACAUGGAAACAGCAAAUGUUAUAUUCAGGAAAACCACAGCUACCUCCAACAGCACCACAGCCUUAGUCAUGCUCAUCACAGCCACGCCAAGUGUUUCUACACCCAGAGUCUCCACCACAGAAGUGCUUAGCCCCCAGUUAACCACCACCACUACCUCUUCUUCUACCGAGAAUUCUGGCCUCACUCACACCUCAACUGUCACUUCUUCUCCCAUCACACCCACCCUCUCAGCAGCUACACUGUCUGAUUUCAUUGUUGACCCAUCCACGGUUAUUCCCUCUCCCUUGACACCAAAUUCUUUCAAGUCCACAGCCAAGCCUCAUUCCUUAGUGCCUACCUCCCCAGCAGCCACAUUCCCUCCCCUGGUGCACAUACCCUCACACCCUCUGAACCCCUGGAGGGGACCUGUUCCACGACUGUUCGACCUUCCCUGUGAGGACACAGCAUGCCCUUCUGACAGCUUCUGCAUCAAUGAUUACGACAGUGGGGGGUCACGCUGCCACUGCAGCUUGGGUCGGAGAGGGGACACCUGCUCCGAAGGUUUUACAAUACAGUUUCCCAAGUUUUAUGGCUACUCUCACAUGACCUUUGAACCUCUGAAGAACUCCUAUCAGACCUUCCAGAUCACCCUGGAAUUUAAGGCGGAUGCUGAGGAUGGGCUGCUGUUCUACUGUGGGGAGAAUGAGCACGGUCAUGGCGACUUUGCCUCCCUAGCGCUCGUGCGCCGCAGGCUGCACUACAGGUUCAACUGCGGCACAGGUGCGGCACAGAUUGUGAGCGAGAGCCCAGUAGUCUUGGGCCACUGGCACAGUGUGACUGUUUACCGGGAUGGCCUGAGCGGCUGGCUGCGGCUGGACAACGACACGCCCGUGACUGGCCGUUCGCAGGGCCAGUACACCAAGAUCACUUUUCGCACACCCUUCUUUGUGGGUGGCACCCCCAGUGCAUAUUGGUUGGUGAAGGUGGCAGGGACCAACCGUGGCUUCCAGGGGUGCCUACAGGCCUUGCUUGUCAACGGAAAGGCCACAGACUUGAGGCCCUGGCCCCAGGGACAUGCUCUGAGCGGAGCUGACAUUGGUGAAUGCAGUGAUAAUGUGUGUAAAGGAGUCACCUGUGCCAAUGGAGGUGUGUGUUUUGCCAACCGAGCGGACGGGUACAUCUGUCUGUGCCCCCUGGGCUUCAGGGGUCUACUGUGCCAAGAAAGCUUCCUGCUGUCUCUGCCAUGGUUCAACGAGACACUGCGAUCAUACAUCAGUGCCCCUUGGCCACAGUCCCUCCAGCAUUACCUGUCCUUCAUGGAGUUUGAGAUCACGUUCCAGCCGUUUACGCUGGAUGGUGCACUCCUGUACUGUGAGGACCACAACAGCCAUGACUUCCUUUCAAUUGCCCUAGUGUCUGGAUACCUGGAAUUUCGUUUUGACUGCGGCUCAGGAAUGACAGUCAUCAGGAGCAUGGAAGCCCUGAGCCUGAAUGCAUGGCAUGAACUGCGGGCCUCUCGCACAGCCAGGAAGGGCAUCCUUCAGGUGGACGAGCAGCAGCCUGCAGAGGGCAUAGCCGAGGGGCCCUUCACGCAGAUCCGGUGCAGCACUCCUCUGUAUGUGGGUGGCGUGCCAGACUACAGCAGCACCAAGAGUAGUGCUGGCAUUCUGCAGCCAUUCAGUGGUAGCAUCCAGAAGAUUUUUCUAAAUGACCAUGUUGUCCCACUGACUGAGGACCAUGCCACCGGAGUGAAUGUAGAGAAUGCAGAACACCCCUGUGCCAACACACCCUGUGCCAACGGUGGGACGUGCCGGGCCCGGAGAGAUCUUUACGAAUGUGACUGUCCACUAGGGUUUGAGGGAAGUCACUGUCAGAAAGCUGUGACAGAUGCCAUAGAGAUACCACAGUUUAUUGGCCGCAGUUACCUAACUUAUGACAGCAAAGACAUUCUCAAAAGGGUCUCAGGCUCCAAGAACAGCCUAUUCCUGCGUUUCCGUAGCACCGCCAAAGAUGGCUUGCUGCUGUGGAGAGGUGACAGUGCUAGCAGGGUCAGCACUGACUUCUUGUCCUUAGGUCUUCAGGACGGGGGCCUCAUCUUCAGCUAUAAUCUGGGCAGCGGUGUCACCUCGGUGAUGAUCAACGGAACCUUUAACGACGGACAGUGGCAUCGGGUCAAAGCUGUCAGAGAUGGCCGGUCUGGUAAGCUGACUGUGGAUGACCUUGGUGCAAGAACAGUGAAGUCGCCAGGGAAAAUGAGACAACUUAAUGUCAAUGGCGUCCUGUAUGUCGGAGGCAUGAAGGAGAUUGCUCUGCAUACCAACAGGCAGUUCAUGCGUGGUCUGGUGGGCUGCAUCUCCCACCUAACACUCUCCACUGACUACCAUCUCUCUUUGGUGGAGGAUGCUGCAGAUGGCAAGAACAUCAAUACUUGUGGCUAAUAAGAGCUGGACUGCCCUUACAUCCACAAGGACACCAUUAGUGUUGGGACUGUUGACAACUUGACCAAAUUAAAGGAAUGCGGUGUGACCAGAGACCUCAAAGGCACUUCCUGUGCCAAAUGGCUGCUUCUUGCAGGACAAUGCAAGUGAUUUAAGUAUUAAUUUGAUGUUCAUUUCAUAACAUCAGGUCCUGUAAAGAUAUCAUUGGUAAGUAUUUUAGAGGGUGUUGUGAAGAAAAUUGUCCAGUCUCUAUAAAUUAUAAGCCUGUCAAUGUCAUUACAAGCCUGUGAGUGUUUGUAACAAGAUUUGCGCCCAUCAAACCCACUUCAAGGCCUCUUUAUUAAGACGUCCUUUAGGGCUGUUAUCAUGCCCACUGUCUUGGCUGGACCUGCCCCUUAUCUUUUAGCCCACCCUCUGUCUCAGUCGCUUCCCACUCACAUUUUACUGUGUGUGCGGUAAGGAGUGGCACUUUCUUGGCAGUUAGCCAGAUUGUCUUCAGAAAUGCCACAUAAAAGCAAGGCUGGCUCUUGUGUGUCUGUCUGUCACUUAACCUACAUGGGAGUGUGGCUUCAAAAAUGUAAAG